ACCUCCCCCUGAGCCUGUUCUUGGCAGCCGUUAAACAGCUCACGGCUCUUGUCCAAUGCUUCGAAGACACAGCUCCAAGAGCAAGCCGGCCAUCAGACACCGCAAGUCUACAAGCUCGGUCCGCAGUGUCCAUCUCGACCACAUCGACACGGAGUGCGCAAGACGGGAUGCACACACGGCAGCCACUGAGGCCUACGCUCGCGGACGACAUCGCUCGUCUGUCGAGGCGCCACUGUUUCCGACCCCAGUCCCACCACGGCUGAGGCAGUUAAACCGGACGUCCGAGGGACUGACGCACAGCUGGAGCCAGCCAGCCCACCUAGACGAGACCGGAAGCCCUUCAGGACUCCGGCGUCGGCAGAGCGUCCGGUUUGUCGUGAUUCCGCCCGAGCGUGCCAGGAAGACCGAGAGAACUACAGACUCCGACCGCUUAGGAGAGCAGGAGAGAGAUCACUCAGUCCAUAAUGACCAGCAGGAGGUGGACCUGGGUUUCAUAUGCGGGGAGACCAAGCCGCCUCCUUCGGCACUGUCACCACAUGAGCAGCGCCUGUCCGAGACAUAUAUCGCCAACGGGCCAGUGGCCUGUGACCAUUACGACACACCAGUGGACGACCCGUCCUCAUAUCACAAAAUACACAGGUCACAGUCGAUGAUCGCUCACGGAAGCCUGAUCCGACCUUUUCGCUCUAGAGUACGACCAGAAUCGCUCGCGGCGAGCACGGGUGGCAAGGACGGCGAACUACCGCCGUCUGGUGACCCUGGCAGAGCUCUUCGGGCCCCCAAAUCCCUGAGCUUUCUCGGAAGUCGGAGGAUUGGAUCACGAAACGAAUCCGAUGGCAGUGUCCCCCAAGACCAGGAUGGUUUUGCCAGGGACGAGAUGUGUCUGGGUACCUUGCAGAUUUCUCGCCCUCAUUCUCCAUCGUCAGGCCUGGGGCGGUCGAUUAGCCAGCGGUUGACUGGACAGCGCCAGCGGCCACUCCGGAUGUCGCUAAGAGACAGCGUCGAGCUCCCGCUCACGGCAAGCAUGGGAACAAUUCCUACGCCACGGAGCGUCGGAAUCAAGGGAAAGGCCAGGAAGGCGUCCGAGAAUAUCAAGUCCAGGUUCAAAACCUUGUUUGGACGCCGCAAGAAAAGCAUAGAGCACAAUGAGACGGACUCGCGGGAUGAGCAUGGCACCGAUGACCAUAGACCCUCCUCGGCGUCUUGUGAGAGCGGCGUUUCCACCAGCGCUGACAGAAUGGGCUCACAAGAAAACGAUAUGCCUUUCUCGAUAGGCACGGCGUCCAGGGUGGCCUCUAUCCAGAUUGUCCCCGUAGAUGGCUUGCCAAGGUCACAUCGAGGUAGCCUUGAGAGCGCACGGGGUGACUCGGAUGUGCCAGACGAUGGGUCCAGGGUCACCAGCUGGGCAAGCUCGGGUCUCUCAACAGUGGCGAGCCAGCAGCAGGCAUGGAGCGACCUACACCGACAGCGCCUUUCGGUCAUCAAGGAAAACGGGUUUGGAGUCCCGUCGGCAGCAGACGGCACGCGGACGCCAACAGCGGCCACUGUCGCCAACGGCCCGAAGUGCGGGAUAGACAGCCAGCGCGUUUACUCGGCCCUCGCUAAGAGGUUAACGGAGCGACAGCAGCUCGCCCGAGAAGCUCAAGUACUGGGCCAGAGCUCGGAAUCAUUCGAUGACGGCAUCGCCGACACAGACAUCUCCGGCACGAGACUCACAGCAUACACUAUCAGGCGUGUCCCAGGGUCCCCUGACACGGCCCAUAACGACGCGGAAUGGUCGUCUGCGUUGUCCUCCUCUGGGAACACGGUGCUGGGCAGCAGAAGGCGGCAGAGUUCGGAGGAUAACGUGUUUGACGCAGCCCCACCGCCCGCGGUUGAUGCGCGGGAAUCCCAUGCCGCUGAAUCACCAGGCAGAGGUCAGCCGCGGCCCGACAGGAGUUCUGUGUUUUUCGGCAGCCCUACAUACCAUCUCUUCAGGACUGCAUCGCCAUACCGCCGAGCAAUCCGGGAAAGCAUGAAGACAGCAGACUCGACCAGGUCAGCCACUGUAGCUGGUAGACAACACCGGAACAAUGCACUAGCCGGAUCAAGUGCUACUGGGGUGGAGGAUGAGGCACAAGACGCGGACGAGCAGUGGGCAUACUCUGAGAGUUCAUACUCAUGCGCGGAAGAAGAAUACGAGAGGGGUGAGGGCGAUGAUAGCGGCUCUCUUCGUGUGAGUAGGAGAAACUCAAGGACUCCAGGUGCUGCAGAGUCCUCAUCUUCGGCUUUGGAGACACAAGAACGGCGGAGAGCGAUUUCGUCCGAAGGGUCUGUUGACUGGAAGACUUGGCUCUCGGCGAAUGUGAGCAAGCUGGAGGUACAGGCAUCGCCAGCCUGGAGCGAAUGGCAUGGGUCUAGGAACAACCCAUGGAGCACACCGACCAGUCGAGAAGCGCCAGAGAAAGGCAGGCACAUGCGGGAGUCCGCGCAGAUAUACGCAGACGAUGACGAAGACACGGGGGUGGGCAAAGAUGGAAAGACCCAAGUCGGGUUCGGCCGGCCGGCCCAAGGCGAGGAGGAGGCUAGACAAGAGGCGCAACCCCUCACGGUGGUGCAGCCGAACAUGACGAGAAAGGCAUCGUGCCAGCAGUCGGUGCGAACCAUGUCUCGCGGAGCUAGCGGGGCACUGGCGGAAAACAAAGCUCCUCGGACGGACGUUGUGGAGGACGAGAGCGCAAGGCAAGUCGGGGAACAAGACGAAAAGCCGCAAAGCUCAGGCCCAGACGGGCAGAGACAGAGCCCGUCGUCGCCUCGGCCGGGGCGGGGGGUUCGACUCGGGGAUUGCGGCAAGGCAGAGUUGUGCCCGCAGACUCCAGAGCGCAGGCCGGGCGUCUGCCGGCGCGCAGCAGAGUCGGAGGCGCGGGCCCGGCCGCUCCAUCGCACGCGCACGACCGAAGGGGGCUCACCCUAUCAACAGCAGGGGACCUGGUCGGUAAGGCUGGUCAGACGGGCAGGCUCGGGGCGAGAGGUGGACAGGAGUGCCCUGGGCGAGAACACGCCGACCACACGAGCAGAGAAUGGGGCUGGGGCCGGCCAACAAACGAUGGACCAGAUUCUCAGUAGCCGGCGGCGGCGCAUGGCGAGCAGUGAGGACGGCGGCAACGCCUUUGUCUAAGGAUGCAAGUGACCCUCAUCUGAUAUUGCAUGUUAAGGGGAAGACGUCGUUCCUUGAGCGGAUAAUCACACAAGUAUGGAAGUAGGUAUCCAUGGUGCGGGGGAAGAUGGGAUUAUCAUAUAU